GAGAAGAAGAAUGUCAAGGGUGGAGAACGGAGUGGGCAUGCGCACUGCGAUCAGAGGCGUUGUUGAUGCGAGGGAAUCUUGGGAAAAUUAGCGGAACGCCAUUUUGGUCUAAGGGACAGUUGCGGAGCUGCGGAGUCGGUCGAGUUUAAAUACUCGAAAUUUCCAGCCAUCAUGGCAAGUCCUGGGAAAGACAACUACAGGAUGAAGAGCUACAAGAACAAAGCACUGAAUCCUCAAGAGAUGCGUCGAAGGAGAGAGGAGGAAGGGAUCCAGCUCCGCAAACAGAAAAGAGAGGAGCAGCUGUUCAAGAGGAGAAAUGUGUCCGUACCUUCAACUGAUGAAUCGAUGCUGGAUUGUCCCAUCCAGGAUCCAGACAUCAGCUCCACAGUGCCUGUCACAAGUGAUGCAGUCAUAACGCCGGAUAUGAUUCAGAUGAUCUUCUCCGAAGACCCAGACCACCAGCUUAUUGCCACACAGAAAUUCAGGAAGUUACUCUCCAAAGAGCCCAACCCACCCAUAGACGAGGUCAUUUCCACUCACGGUGUCGUGUCUCGUUUUGUGGAGUUUCUGAAGAGGAGUGAAAACUGCACACUGCAGUUUGAAGCAGCUUGGGCAUUAACCAACAUCGCCUCUGGUACCUUCCUGCACACCAAGGUGGUGAUCGAAACGGGGGCCGUGCCCAUUUUCAUUGAGCUGCUGAACUCUGAAUACGAGGAUGUUCAGGAACAGGCAGUGUGGGCGUUGGGGAAUAUAGCCGGAGACAACGCUGAGUGCAGAGACUACGUGCUCAACUGUGACAUCCUGCCGUCUCUACAGCAGCUCCUCGCUAAAUCCAACCGCCUCACAACAACACGCAACGCAGUCUGGGCCCUGUCGAACCUGUGCCGAGGGAAGAACCCACCUCCAGAUUUUGCCAAAGUGUCUCCUUGUCUCAGCGUUCUGUCCAGGCUUCUAUUCAGCAGUGACCCAGAUGUGUUGGCUGAUGCUUGCUGGGCUCUGUCCUACCUGUCUGACGGUCCAAAUGAAAAGAUCCAGACGGUCAUAGACUCGGGCGUCUGCCGGAGGCUGGUGGAGCUGCUCAUGCACAGUGACUAUAAAGUUGUGUCUCCUGCUUUGCGUGCAGUGGGCAACAUCGUAACAGGAGAUGACAUCCAGACUCAGGUAAUCUUGAACUGUUCAGCUCUGCCGUGUUUACUCCACCUUCUCAGCAGUCCCAAGGAGUCCAUCAAGAAGGAGGCGUGCUGGAGCGUGUCCAACAUCACAGCAGGAAACAGAGCUCAGAUUCAGAAUGUGAUCGAUGCCAACAUCUUCCCAGUGCUUAUUGAGAUCCUUCAGAAAGCCGAGUUCCGUACAAGGAAGGAGGCAGCGUGGGCCAUCACUAACGCCACCUCCGGGGGAACUCGAGCACAAAUAAGAUAUCUGGUCUCUCUGAAUGUCAUCAAACCCAUGUGUGACCUGCUGACGGUGAUGGACUCUAAGAUCGUGCAGGUGUCGUUGAACGGGCUGGAGAACAUCCUCAGGCUGGGAGAACAGGAGGCCAAGAAAAAUGGGACGGGCAUCAACCCAUACUGCGCUCUCAUCGAGGAGGCUUAUGGUCUGGAUAAGAUCGAGUUUCUGCAGAGCCACGAGAACCAGGAGAUCUACCAGAAGGCCUUCGACCUGAUUGAACACUACUUCGGCGUGGAGGAGGAGGACGCCAGCCUGGCUCCGCACGUGGACCAGGAUCAAGGCCAGUUCAUCUUCCAACAACCGGAGGCACCCAUGGAGGGUUUCCAGCUCUAACCCACCCUCCCCCUCCCUCGCCUCCACAGCACUUAUCUUCCUCCUGGUGUGUAACCCUCCGCCAGAGACGGGCGCCUGCCGGCCUGCCUGCCUGCCUGCCUGCGUACUCUACUGGGGACCUGGUCACGUCUCCCGGCCCAGUCCCUCCCCAGAACCUUUCACUUCUACUUUGCCUUCACAGCUCAACUCUAGAGAGUGAGAUUUGUGAAUAUGGAAAUGGAAAUUGCGAGGCCCCUCGUUACGCUCCGUUGAUGCCAUUUGUUCGUUUUGGCUUCCUGCUCUUUUAAUUUUCAACAUCUAACAUGAUGCUCAUGGUGUCCGUGUUACAGCUUGUGGCAUCGAUUCUUUUUUUUUUUUUUUUUUUGAAUGUGAAACUACCUCUACAGUCUUCAGAAAGAAAGGAAACAAAGGAGAGGAAGGAAGGGAGGAAGGAGAAAAAAAAGGCCUGUAUGAACACACAAAAAAUAAAAAUGGAAAAGAGUGGUGUUCAUGUUCGGUGGCUGACCUGUCAGAAGCCAGAAGUGCAGGCAGUGGAGGUACAUAAAACACUAAUGUGUGUCCGGUGUUUUCUGGGGUGGGUUCGCUCUCGUCUCCUCUUCGUUUUAAAGGUUUAAGGGGGCGACCCGAUAAAGACUCCACGCCUUUUAUUUAUUUGUGCAUCUUCUGAGAAGUCCGGAAGAGCGCCCUCUUUCUUUUUUCCUCCGACCACGGCUCGGGCUCGGAGCGACCCGGAGGAUGUAACCAUGGAAACUGGCCCGAGUUAACCGUAUGCUAACGUCUCUGCUGCAUAUUUUUGAAUGUCUUUAAAGCUGAUUUCAGAAAGCGUCAGUGUCAGGGCAAACGCAGCGUCUCUGUUACAUAUUAUUCCUCGUGUGGAACGAGAUCCGUUUCAAUCCUCUAGUUUCGUCAUUCUGAACUAGCAAAGUGAAAUAUCUCAAAUUAACUUUUUUAUUAUUAUUAUUAUUAUUGUUAUUCACCUGCAGUCGUUUUCCUCGUUGUGAUAAAGAUUUGUAGAAGGGUUUUUGUAUAUUAUAUAUACACGUAAGGACGCGUAAAGGAAGCAUUUAAGUGGCUUUGGGAAAGUGUGAUAUGCAAAUUUAUUUUGUUUUCGUCUGGCAGAGAUGCGCAGAAAUGUGUAGAUGCACCCUCGAUAGUUUCCGUUCUGCGUUUGGCUUCGUCUCCUCUGAAUAUUAACACUUCAGUUUAAUAUAAUUUCACCAUUUAAGCCGCGACAUGGAAGGUUGUGUUCUCACUCAUGGCUCUGCCCCCAAAACAAUUUGACUCGGGGGUUUCUGGAUAUAUGCUCAUUUGAAUCUGAACAGGAAAAAAAAAAAAUGGGUCUGCGUUUAUGUGAAAAAUUUCGAAAUGCAGAAAUUACAUCAAGCACAAUCGUGUAUAGUUUUCUAAGGUUUCAAAUUUGUAUGAUUGUCAGUUGUAUUGAAUGUGUCAUAUAUAUAAAUAUAUUUUUUUUUUAUUAUUAUUAUUAGGUUUUGGUAAUUUUCUUUCUUCCCCUUUUUGGGAAUUAAUUUGCUGUGUUCCUGUGGCUCUCCGUAGAAAAAUUGUGUUCAAAUCUACACAGCCUGUAUACACACGUGAAUUACUGUAGCAGACAGACUGUGGUUUAUGAUGACACACACUGGAGGCCUGACAGUGAAGCUCGGCUCAGGCUCUCUGCAAAGAUGCUGCCUCUUUGGUGUGGAGAUGCACACUCAUAUGAUGUAACAAGAAUUAAUAAAUCGAUCUGUUGGUUGCAGAACAUUA